AUGCGAGAGCGAUGGAGACGGACGUUCAGCAAGAAGCUGGCGUUCGCGGAGCUGUAUAGUAACAAAUUUGAAGUCGUGAAAUUCUUCAUCCGGUUUUACGGCGCCCCGUUUGCGGCGAUGUUUGUGUUGGCGUGUUGCUCGUCGUACGCGGCGUGCAUGUGCGUGAGUGUGUUUGGAAUGAUUGGUUUUGUGCUGUUUGCAAAACUCGUAGGCGCUGGUGAUUGGGCGCUGAGCGCGUUGGACUUUAUGAAGGACGGUUUCCAAUACUUGACCGGAAUCCAAGGCAGUUUUUUUGCGUCCCUCUCGGCGUUGGUGAUGUACAGAACGACGUAUUACACCUUGCCGGUCGUGCUGUUCGCGUACGAGGAAUUAUAUUAUUUCGCCGCUCGCUUUAGGCGUUUCGCGCGUUGGUUAGGUCGAUAG